AUGUUUCUCUUCUCUCUCUUUCUCCAUACCCCAAUUCUAACACUUCCGCUUGGUUUCUUGCAAAAGAAACCUCCAAUACUCUCAACAUUCUCCCCGUCCCCAACAUGGCUUGCAACUUCUUUGCCUCUCUUUUGGGGCACUGGCUCGACAGACCCGAGCCAGCUCCAACUGGCGAGGUCUAUCGAUGGCGGCCAACCUCUUAGAUGGAGCGUUGGCAAUGGGGUGCAGCCAAGCCAUGCCCCGAGCAGUGUGACUGCUCGUGGGUCGACCCCAGGCCACUCGAGCCAAAGCGACGGGGUCCGCAACGAAUCUUCCCUUGCUCCCGAGGGAGACUUGACCUCAGCAAGAGGAAGGUUCGGGUUGCAGAGGGUUUCGAGCGUCCUGUCAAGGAGGGCAGGCAUUCAGCAUACCAUCACCCGGUAUGCUAUAAGCCAAAGGGGUGGAAGCCCCGUGCCCUACGCCGAGCCUAACGCAGCUGCGGACUCUGCCUUCUCGCGGCGUAUCUCAGUGAAUCCCUAAAUCGUGGAUAAGCGUCCUGUCGUGAACUCCACGGGGGCUGAGAUGCGUUUGCACCGGCUGACUCGUCAGGUGCCCUGUGGAAUCACUCUGGAUUGUCAAGCCAAGUUCUUACAAUCGCGGGAGUGGCAGGUAGACCUGACCAGCCCAAACCAGGUCAAUCCUGAAAGCUUCCCCCAAGGGCAACUCAGGACGACCAAGAUGCUUUCGCAUCGGCUGACUCGUCAGGUGUCCUGUGGAAUCACUCUGGGUUGUCAAGCCAAGUUCUUACAAUCGCGGGAGUGGCAGG